CCUGCUGCUUUGCUCGCGGUCACAUUGUGUUGGUCAGCUAACGGAGGCAUAUUAUCUUACGAUGAUAUCAGCUAGCUUGCUGGCUAGAUAGCUAACUUACUUUGUCACCUCAGUCUUAAUAAUAAGAUUUAGCUAGCUAGCUGGCUGUCCGGCUAGGCAGAUGUGUCGGCGGAGGAGGGGAUGAAUUUAUGGUCUUCCAUCAUGUCGAAGUCGUUCCGUUAUUUUUAGCUAGCACUGCAGGCUAGCGCAACUAUUAGCGGCAAGCAAAGCGUGACUAAUCGGUCUGUUGUUGGAAAAACAAUACAAAUGGAGCAGUGGCAGGACGCGGCCUCUCAGCAGCUCAAGCUGCUCACAAAUCGUCUGAAUGAACUGUUGACCAAAGGUCUGGGGCUGCUGCGCUCCGAGCUCGGCGUGGACUUGGGGCUGCAGCCUGAGCUUAUUCCGCCAUGGGUGAUCCUCUUAGCGGCAUGUACCGGACUGGUGCUGAUGGUCGCUCUGUGGGCCUCAGCCUGCCGCUCUCUCUUCAAGAAACCACCCGCUUUAAGCACCGUGGACGACGGCAUUGAAGUAAAGCGGGGUGUGAAUAAACCUGGUAAAUCAGAGGAACCCAAGAAAAAGAAGAAGAAGGCAGAAAAGAAAGCCCAGCCAAAUGGAAGAGCUGCUGUUGAAGCACAGGAAGAAGCCAUAGUGUCGGAAGAGAUAGUGCCACAUCACCAGACGCCUCCACCAGAAGUCAAGACGGAAAAGGUGGCAGAGUUAAAGAAGUCCAAGAAGAAGGCCAAACAGGCUGUAAAGGAAACCAAGACAGUGACUGCAGAUGGUAAAGAACCAGAAGAAGGCACAUGGGAGACCAAGGUUAGUAACAAGGAGAAGCGUGAGCAACGCAAGAAGGACAAGAGUUCAAGUGAUGGCUCAGCCAGUCCUGGAGGAGGGGACACACCUGUGAACACUCCCCCAGAGCAGCCAAAGGCCUCUGCAGCCCCUGCACCUGCCACCCAGAAGAAGAAAAAAGUAGAAUCCACUAAAGUGAAGGCAGAGAAGGUAGAUGCUGUUGUAUCUCAAGUCAACAGCGGUGAGGUGGUCGCAGUGGCUGCUGCUGUGACUGAAAUGCCUGUGAAGGUUCCUGCUCUCACUGUUGCCCCGAAGACAGACCCCUGGACAACCAGUAGAGAGACGGCAUCACUAUGGAGAUCAGAGAUUGAUGACUCAUGGACUGUGAUUGACAGGGGGUUGCCCACAGCAGAGCCAAAUCUGGUGUCUUUAACUGGACUUGGUGUUGCCCAUGCUGAGCCUCAGCCUGUGAGGGACCUGUCCUGGCUCAGCCAGCCCAGAGUGGACGACGAAUGGUCUGGAAUCAAUGGUAGUUCAGUCGACCCAAGCUCUGACUGGAAUGCCCCCGCUGAAGUCUGGGGCAACUAUGAAGAGCCCACUCCUGAGCCGCCUCCUGCUCUGGAGCAGACCCUCCCUGAACCCGCCAAGGUUAAUCUCCUGAUCGGAGCAGCUGAUGAUGAUGAAGAUGAGAAGGAUAAGGGUGAAACUGCUGCAGAUGGAGCAGCUAAAACUAAAAAGAAGAAGAAAAAGAAGAAGAAGGCAGCUGAGGAGGGAGGAACGGCUGGCCAGGGCGAGGAGCCAGAGAAGGAGGCUUCACCUGCAGCCUCGGUGAAGAAGCAGCCACCUGUUCAGGAAAACGCUGCUGUCAUCCAGCCUGCCAAAGCAGCUGCUGUAGAGAUCAGAGUGGAGCAACCAGUGAAGGACAACAUAUCCCAGAAACCCCCUGUCACACAAGUGCCACAGAAACCAACUGAGGGAGAGCCCACUGCCAAGCAGAACAACCUUUCUGCUUCAACACAACAAAAAAAACCUGAGGAGAGCCAAGCACCUAAGCCGGCAAAGAAGAAGAAGGCGAGGAGAGAGACAUGAGUCCACCCUGCAGACCUCUGUAUGCAAAAGACUUCAUAUCCUGUUUAUGCAACAACACCUUUUGUGACAAAAACUUUGAACUAAGGUCUUCAAGACGGACUUAAACCUUAAAACCAGUCUGGAAAAUGAAACACCUUUUAUACACGUCGAGUGUCAGUCAACGGAUUGUUGAAAACUGAACUUAGAUGCAGUGCAAUCUAAUGUAAUGCGGUGUUAAUGAUUUUUAAGUAUGCAUUUGAUACCCUUGAUUCUGUCUUCUAAUUCCACUGAAUCACAUAACUGAUUGAAAGAGCUGUAUUGUAGUAAUUAGACGUAGAAAAUACUGAUCAUGUUUAGAAAUUUGAUGUUGUGGUGGCUAACGACUGGAGUUUACUGUGUAGAGAAUGAAAACAGUUGACAUGCUUCAGGUCACUCAACACUGGGCCAUAAUGUUGAACUGGCCUUUGCUUUUGCAGUCUUUUUUUUUUUUUUUGCCCCUACAUUUGUGAGUCAUGAUGGUACAGUAAGCGCUGUUGGUCAAAAAGAGCUGAGACAUCAAAUGUUAAUUCAUGUCAACGGCUCAACAAGGUGUAAACAUUUGUGACGUAAGUGAGACAUGAGCCUCGUUGAGUGCAGAAAAGGGAAUCAUGGCUGCUCUGUAAUUUUGCCUUCUUCUCUGUGACUACAUUUCAAUUGACUCAGUCCAUCUGAUUUGUCCCUUGUCUGAUGUUUUACUGCGCUGUUUCGAGACAACAGUUUCCUCGCUGUUUUUACUAUCUGUGACUGCUUUGUGGCCAGAGCCGUGUGGAAGCCUUUGCUCGUAGAUGUACCACUGCAGUGUGAUCAGCCUCUUCAUGAUUUUCCACCUGUGGUUGAUGCGAACAUCUUCAGAACCUUUUGUAAAACCUGUUUGUAAUAAAAGAAAAGCUAAAGCCAUAUGUAAAAAGACUAAAUAAAGGCCAGUUUUUCUAUA